CUCGUCUUUGGUGGAAAUUCGACUCUAUCUAAACGUCCUUGAGUCACUGUCCGGUUGAAAAUUGUAUGUUACCACCGAAUAUGAGUACUAAAUCAGUUUUUCUGAAACCACAUAUACCAUUCAAAUUGGCUGCCUUCAACGUUCGCACACUAAUGCAGAUCGGACAACAGAUAAGGUCGGCUAUGUCUUUAAAAAGUUUUAAUAUCGACGUCUGUUGUCUAUCCGAGACCCGUAUUCAAGACUCUGGUGAAGUACUACAAAUUCGAUCUCCAUCUGUCGCUUCAAAAGCUUGUUUUACGUGCGUUUAUCCAGGGACGCUGUGGCAUCUUCGUCUGGUCUCGUUGGCGUUGGUGUCGCACUAAGCGCUACAACUGAGGCAGCACUAGUCGAUUGGAUCCCCAUCAACAGUCGGUUAUGUGCUGUCAAAUUACAAAGUCCUAUCAAAGUAAGAAGAAAUCAGUGUGAGAAACAAUGGUCUAUCGUCAUCUCCGCCUAUGCUCCGACAGAUUGCAGCCCGGACGCAAUCAACGAUGAAUUCUACCAUCAGUUAACAGUUCUUUUACAGAAAGUGCGUUCGACAGAUAUGGUAGUACUAGCUGGAGACUUGAAUGCUCAGGUCGGGCGUCUAGGCACAGAAGAGAGUCGUUUAGGUGACUGAUGGGGAAUUGUUGACCGCAAGUCAGAUAACGGAGACCGUCUACUGCAACUGUGCACAGACCACAACCUGUUUCUGGCUAGCACUAACUACCGGCACAGUCAUCGCUGAUGUGCCACCUGGCGUCCUCCCUCUGCAUAUCAAGCCUGGACUCAGAUUGAUCACAUCGCGAUCAGCUACCGCUGGCGUGGUUGUGUACAAGACUACCGUUUCUUUUGAAGUACAAAUCUGGACUCUCAUCAUGCACUUGUUUGCGCUAAUCUUACCUUACUUUCCAGUGGCUAACAAAUUCAUCGAUCUAAACAGAUCGAUGUCAGUAAAUUGGUUGCAGCUUCUGCUGCAACUAAAUAUCAAAUCGAGAUAGGUUCAAGGCUAGCUACCAUCCCACCGAAAAGUAUAGAUCAGCACUGGUUGCAUUUGGAUGACGCCAUGAAAAUGGCGAGUAAAGUCGCUUGCGGCUUCACGAAACGUCCACUUUAUAAGCACUGGGUUUCUUCACGCUCCUUACAACUUAUUGAAGCCCGUUGGUCUACUCGGUGGACCGUGAGUUUUUCCACAAACGAUGACUGUUACGUAACGAAAUUGGGCAAAGUUUGCGUAAGGACCGAAAAGCUUGGUGGUCGAGGUGUGCUAAUGAGUUGGAAGCAGCAGCUACAUCUGGUGACUACCGGAAGCUCUUAUCCGAGCCACUGGCAGCAAGAAGUCUGGUGUGAGCGAAACAAUCUGUGAGGAUGAUGGGAUGCCAAUCACUAACACCCAUCGAUGUCUCGGACGAUGGGCAGAGUUCUUCGAAGGGCAGUUCAACUGGUCUGCUGCUCCGGCAACAUCGACCAGACUGUCCUGCCCUCCAAGGCCUGUGUCGACUAAUCCAUCGAAUGAGGCGGAAGUCCACAAAGAACUCCAACUCUUGGAGCGCUACAAAUCACCGGGCCCAGAUGACCUACCUCCGACAUUUCUUAAAGAUGAUGGUGACCUUCUGGUUAAGGAACUGACUGCGUUGUUUACAAAGUUUUGGGAGUUAGAGAGUGUUUCAACAUCGUGCAAUCAGUCCCUAACUUUAAAAGGGUUCACGCAGUCUCUGUAACAACUGUCGAGGAAUAAGUCCACUUUCGAUUGCGUCCAAAUUAUUGGCUUCCGUCAUACUUCAUAGAUCGUUCAAAACCCGAGAAAGAUUGACUCGCGAAGAGCAGGCUGGUUUUCGUUCUGGUCGAGGAUGUAUUGAUCAUAUCUUCACCCUCCACCAAACGUUAGAACACUGUCAUACUUAUCAAAGGCCAACAAUCGUAGUGUAUCUUGACAUCAGGGCUGCCUUCGAUUCGUUGGACAGGACUGUUCUCUGGGAGUGUCUAUUGCAGAAGGGUGUGUCUGAGAAGUCUAUUGACAUCUUAAAAGCCCUAUAUACAAACACCUCCGACAGAGUGAGGACAUACAACCUCCUCUCUCCAUUGUUCCGUUCACACAGUGAGGUUAGGUAGAGUUGCCCAAUCUCACCAUUCCACUUCAACUUUGCUAUCGAUGACCUGGAAACAGCUCUGAUGGAUGUAAGUAAUGGCUGUGUGAAUCCGUUGCCUGGAGAAAGACUACUCGACCUUGAGUAUGCGGAUGAUAUUGUCUUACUGUGCGAUAAUGCCCAAGCCAUACAAUCCGCACUUAAUCAGUUGGUAAUCAAUGUCCGUAGGUACGGCAUGUGCUUUGCACCUUCGAAGUGCAAAGUACUUCUACAAGACUGGCAGGACCCUGAUCCUACACUCACCCUGGGUAGUGAGCAGAUAGAAAUAGUCAAGAAGUUCGUGUAUCUAGGUAGCUGCAUAAGUGCUGGUGGUGGCGUGAGUGAUGAGAUCAAUGGACGUAUAAUGAAAGCCAGAGCGGCUUAUGCCAAUCUGGGCCAUCUUUGACGCCUUCGUGAUGUUAGUCUGGCUGUAAAAGAUCGGAUCUACAACGCGUCGGUGAGAGCACUUUUGCUCCAUGCUUGUGAAACCUGGCCUCUCCGAGUUGAGGAUGUUAGGCGACUCUGUGUUUGAUCAUCGUCGUCUCUGAAGGAUUGCCGACAUCCAGUGGCAACACCAUGUUAGUAAUGCAGAGGUUCGGCAUCUUGAGUUCGGGCACAGAGAUGAUAUUGCAAUCGAUGUCAUCAUCUUGAAACACCGACUUCGGUGGCUUGGACAUGUUCUACGAAUGUCGUCCCAGAGAAUUCCACGUCGUGCAUUAUUUGCCGACGCUGAGACUGGUUAGAAGAGGCGGAGAGGUGGUCAGUGUAUGACAUGGUGUCGUGGUAAAAAGAAAGCUGUACAGGAUUAGCUUCUAUUGGUCCUUCACGACUCCCUGGUUGGGGUCCGAGAGAUGGUGCUACACAGUGGCUAGAGACGUUAUCAGAUAUGGCUCAGGAUAGAAGCCAGUGGCGAUCCUGUUGUAACCUUCUUUUACUUUCUUCAUAAAAGUGGUUGUAUCUUACUUAACUGAAAGAUUUCUUGUGAUUGUACAUUUCCGUUCACUCAUUAUUACUACAGUACCUUACACCAAUCUCUUCCUUAUUGUUCUUUUUUUCGCUCCUUACCUUUUUUUCGCUUCGAAUUCUCAUUGUUUUGUGUGGCGCAUAUAUAUUGGCGCUCUCUUGUACUAAUAUUUAUGUGUUCAACUAAAUAAAUUGACAUUAUCUAAGUAACUUGAAUGUUAUAUAUAUACCCACUUCAGAUGAAACUAGAAAAAUGAUGGAAUCCUAAAUGGUAAACUUAAGCACUGAAUUCAUGCUCAUCAUAGUCUGUUAUUACUAGCUAGUGUAGGGAAUUAAUUGCAACGAAUUGUAUUUCAGAUCAUCGUCGAUCAAGAAACAUGUAAACAAACGGAGGUAAUUUGCUAAGUAUGCACUUAUGGCUGAUCAAUUACAUUCCUGAAUAACAACAAUGAGAAAUUAUUUAACUCUUUUAAAGCGUUUAUCAUUUCUCAAAUAAUCGAGAGAAUUAGUUGAUUAUCUAAGCUUCCUGCGCACAACUUAUCUAAACAUACAUUUAUAUUCAUUGUACGCAAUUCGACAUAAAAAUCUAAAAUAAAUUCUACAAGUGAAUUAAUCUUUACUUUAAAGCUAAUUAAACUUUUAGCUUUUAAUUUAGACAUACCAUAGCAAACCAAUUGUAUUCGAAAACAUGAAAAAAACUCAAUCAAACGGGUAUCAGAUAUAAAAUACAUAAGCAAUACAACAGAUCUAUGCUAAUCAGAUUAUUUUAUUGUGAUUGUGAGUUAUGUAAGAAAAAUAAUCGAUGUACGCUGACUGGUGUUUUUAAAUAUAUUUGAAUGACGUACGGAAUAUGACAGAGCUUUUGAGAAUAGUAAGAUGAAGCGGAUCGAUGAUCAUGCAUAUGGUUUGUUAAACGACCAAAGUACCAUAAAGCUUAAAUCCAUAUCCUGAUAUAUUGCAACAAGACAGGUUUGUUCUAAAAUUCCCAUACACUUUAGAGAACUUACUCAGUAUUGAAAUAUUAUGCAUUCCACUAGUUAUUACAACUCCACAUGUUGUCAUUUUAGGAAGGUUAAGCUUGUUUCAUACUAUUCACAAUAAGCUUACUUGCGCCUGUUACCACUUAUGGAGGGUCAUUGGCCGCCCACAAGUAUUCUCCAUCAAACUCCGUCCAGAUCAAUCCUUUCCGGUUGCUAUUCAUACUUUUCAUGACUGCUUUCAAUUCCCGGCACAAUGUGUUCCUUGGUCUUCCUCUUUUCCGUUUCCCUUCAAGAUUCCAAGUUAGCGUUUGCCUCGUGAUGCAGUUCGAUGAUUUCCUCAAUGUAUGUCUUAUCUACUUCCAUCUUUUACUAAUUUCCUCUUCAGCUCGAAGCUGGUUUGUUCUCUCCAACAGUAGACUGUUGUUGAUAGCGUCCGGUCAACGGACAUCGAUUACCUCACGUAGACAAUUGUUUGUAAAUAUUUGUACCUUUUUGAUGAUGGUUGUAGUUCUCCAAGUUUCAGCUCCGUACAGUAGAACUGUUUUGAUAUUCGUAUUGAAAAUUCUCAAUCCGAUGUUGGCUUACAGAUAGUUGUUUUGAGUUCCAUAUGUUCUUCAACUGUGGGAAUGCGGUCUUUGCUUUUCCCAUCCUUGCCUUUACGUCUGAAUCGGAUUCUCCUUUUUCAUUGAUGAUGCUUCCCAGGUACGUGGAAGAUCCCAUCUCCUCCAAAGCUUCUCCAUCAAGUGUGAUUGGGUUGGUGUUCUUUGUGUUGUGUUUGAGGAUCUUUCUUCUUCACUUGUGUAUGUUGAAGCCUCUAUGCUCAAGCUAAUGUAAACUUUGUUGAUUAGACUGCAUAGAUGAGCCAACUUUUCUGAAAUUUUCAUUCAUAUAACAAAGACACUAAUUGAGAAAAACAUCGAAACGCUCUUCACAGAAUAUCUAAAAGAUUCAGGAAAAAACUAUUUAUAAAUAAUCAGUUUGAGUGAGAAACUUCUGAUGGUAUAUUAGAAGCCGUCUGUUGAGACUAGUUUGUAAAACAUGUAAUGUAGAGAAUGAAUCUAAAAAAAUAACAUUGCAGUCCCCAUCUGUACGGUAUCAUAAUAAUAUACGAUAUUAUUAUAAUAAUUAAUUCGAUAUAAUAUUCCUCCGAUUUAUGUGGUUUUUACUUAUCAUUCCACAGCUUAUGUUCCGUACUGAAGAAUUAACAGAUAACAUUUUAUACCACUUGAGGGAUAUUUCAACUUCUUCAAUGAACAUUUCUUUGUAAGCUAUACCUAGUUAUCGCAAAAAAGUGCGCUCAUAUUACUUCUAAACAAAGUUACCAUCUGAAUAUUACUCCAUAGUAUAUCAACUAAUAACUCACGCAAGUGAAUGUUAUACAAAAUAAUGCCUGUUCUGCUCAUUAUACUUACAAUUCACGUUUAUAUACAUUUAAAGCUGAGAAAAUAUCACCAUGUCUUUUCAUAUACACAUAUUACUCUUAUCAAGUCCACCAAACUAUUAUAGAACUCAACAAAAAGGCAUAAGGUUAGAUCAAACAGAAUAUCGUUCACUCUUAUUCCAAAUGUCAUUUUUACUACAAAAUAAUUCUUUAAAAAUAAGAAAAGGCAGAAGACAAUAGUAACAACAAAAAAAAAGAAAGAACAAGGAGAAGACUUAGGGAAAACAGAAAUACAUUUAUGUAAUUUGUCAUUCAAUCUUGAUUCUUUUAAACCAGUUUUAUUGACAUGAUCUUAGCGAAGGAAAGUCACACUAAAACAUGUGAAAAAAUACAUGAGACAAAACAAAAGAAGUGGUAGGAGAGGAACAAGAUUGACAAAGGAAAUAACCCUGAUUUUAUCACUGAAU